UUUUUACUUACUUAAUUUCUUGGAUAUGAAAAACCUCAUGUUUUUUAAGGCAUGAAAAAUCGCGAUUCCAUGUAGAUUUAAGCAAGGUUCAAUGAGACAAUCUUGUUUGGACAGCCUUAUUUGUCAAAACUGGACCUUGUAGCUUUGAUAAAUUAAUCGAUCGGUAGCUGCCUUUCAUAGUUGUCUUGCUUUAUCGGUGGUAUCAUGGAAGCACCGCGGUGAAUUUGCCCAAUGCAAAACUUUGAGAAUGCGCUAAAGUAUUCGGAUUUUAACCGUUUGAAUGACUCGGGUUUCAUUUCAAAUCAAGGUUUUAUCAUCUUAUCUUUUGUAUCUUUUGAUGGCACUACACAAUUAAAACAAAAACCAAAGUCAACCUAACCUCAACAAGAACCAGAUGAUAACAGAUAACCCACCAAAUGUACUGAUUUAAAUCGACUUUCAACGUAUUUUAAGCAUGGCUUCGAUUGAACGAUGUCUCGUGGUCCUGAAAUUCAGAUUUGCAGUUCUGUAGAGAGAUGGAAGCGUGAUAGUAAUUGCAUUUCUUUAAUGGCUGCCACGGACGACCAAGAAAAGCGCCAGGAAACCCAGAAAAAGGCUUUCACAAGAUGGGUCAACUCCAAGUACUCACAGGAAAACGAUACCACAGUUAUCAAAGAUCUUUUCGUCGACUUUAGAGAUGGCAACAACCUUCUAAAAUUGUUGGAAAUCCUAACUGGCAGAAAAACGCAAAGAGUUCAUGGGAAACUUCGCCUGCACAAGCUGAACAACAUCAAUGUUGCUCUUGAAUUUCUCAAAGAAUAUGAGGUCAAAUUGGUUAACAUCGGCAACAUUGACAUUGUUGAUGGGAUUCCUGUGCCAACAUUGGGGCUCAUUUGGAGUAUCAUUUACAGGUUCCAGAUUCAAGGCGCGCUUGCUGACAUCAUUCAAAGCAAGAAAGGAUCGUCAGUUAAUGAGAAGGACGCAGAAAAAGCCAUUCUUCAGUGGUGUGCAGCUGCUGUUGAAGGAUACGAAGGGGUUGACAUCAAAAACUUUUCAACAAGCUGGAAGGAUGGCCUGGCAUUCAAUGCACUUGUUCACCGAUUUAAACCGAACCUCUUUAUUUACAAGUCUCUCCUAUCCAAUGGACCCGUUGACAAUCUUGAACACGCAUUUUCGUUGGCCGAGAACUCAUUUGGAGUCGACAGAUUAUUGGAACCGUCAGACUUUCAACGCGAGAUGAUCGAUAGCCGACUUGUCGUUCUUUACAUCAGUACCCUGUAUGAGAAGUUAAAAGAGCUAGAGCCCAAAAAGGAUGAAACAGUGACACUGGAAGAAAUUCAGGAACUGAAGUCCUAUAUUGGAUUGGAAAUGGAGUUUUUAAGCGGUUGCGAAGAAUUUUUUGCAAACGCGACACUUCUCUCAGAUAUCAAAGAUACUGAACUUCUGGAUCAGUACCAAAAAUUAAUGGGCUUCGUUGAGGAGCUUCAGCCGCAUCAGUUGAAGGUUGGCGAGCUUGUGAAUCAAAUAGAAUCGCUGAUUUCACGCGAUUUUAUUGCGGAAGAAGAAAUUGAACCUCUACAAGAAGAAUUAAAUUCCUUAAAAGUACUUUGGCAAAAGAUUUUCGACCAAACAUCCACGCGACAGGAAGGACUUCGCGAAAUGCUUCUUGACUACAUUGAAGACCCAAUCAAAAAAGUUGACGACGAGCUUGUGAAGAACAAAGAGAGGCUUAGGGCAUAUUCGACAUAUCCCUCGCAACUGGAGCCAGCGUUCGAUCAAUAUAUGAAUUUUCAGGAUUACGUUGAUGAACUACGUCUUCUUGAAUCGAGAAUCGAAUCGAUUAGAACGGGAGAAAUGGCUGGCGAUUCGCUCGAUCUAUUAUCGGAAGAAGACGCAGAAGUAGUGACGACAAAUAUUCAAGGGAUGAUUGAGGCCUUUGUUGACUUGGGAGAGAACGUUGCAGCAGUGAAAAACAGGAUUACUGAUAACCUAUAUGAACUGCUCGCGUUGCCCGUUGAAGAAAUAAAAAGGGCAUUGCAGCGAGGAGAAGAUCUUUUAGCAGCUGAUGCCAAUAAUAAUGCAAUGGAGAGUGGAUUACAGGAGAAGGCGCGUGAAUAUCAGGAUCACCUUUCAGUUAUCAGCACAAUGAAGCCCGAUGCGCAAAUAGUUUCUGACAUUUCAGAAAAAUUAGACGACAGUUUCUUCUCAGAAAAAGACGAUUUUCGACAAAGAGUUUCAUAUCUUGUUGAGGAUUGCGAUAACCAGAUAGACUCACUCAAUCAACAAAUUCAAAGCAUUGACGGGCAAAUUAGAAGCAGAGGAACAUUGGACAAUUGGAAAAGCGAAGUAGCUGCAGUCAUGGUCUGGAUAAAAGAAGCAGAACAUGAUCUUGAUAAAAUUGACGAUCUUGAAAGUAGUUUGGUUAUGUUGGAGGAAGCCGCAUCAAAAAUGGAGUCGUUACAUGCUGAAAUAAGCAAUUAUCAAGACAAGAUCAACAGCGUCGUGAAAGCAGGCAGCAAGAUAGUCAAGGAGGAGGAAGUCAGCAGUGAUGCUGCUCCAUCGAUUCGUAGCGACAUUAGGUCUUUGGAAUCGACUUGGGAAUUGCUGCGAGAGAAGUGCACAGCUGUUCAGUUGAGUAUUCGGGAGAAGGUCAUGUUAAGACAAGUACAAGAGAAAGAGUUCAUGGCAGAAUGGAAUGAGACAGAGAAUAAGAUUGAAUCAUGGCUCACUAGUGCUGAAAGCGAGGCAGAACCAUUUGACCAUGCAUGCGAUGAUAUAACUAGUCUGGAAAGUCAAGUUUCUGAACAUCAGGAGUUGGUUUACCGACUGGCGACAGAAGAGAAGACAGUCAACGAUUUACUUGAUGUGGGAGAAAAUCUUGCGGGCCAGAAAUUACGACUUAGUGAGAACAAAUUGAGGGUGAAAGGCGAUUUGAAGUCGUUGAAAAAGAGGAAAACAAAAUUGAAUGCGAAGUUGGUUGGACAACAGGAAAGCUUGACAAGUUUCCUUGAUCAUUUGACAAGAAUCGAAACAGAGAUUUUUGACCAAUGGGUACAUCAUUGUAAAGAAGUGGAAAGUAUCAUACUUGACCUUGGCAAAACGGAGAGCGAAGAGAGUAUCGACACUGUAGACGGUGCAAAAGAUUACAUGAAGGCAGAAGAGGACCUGCUUGGGGAGAUCAGGGAUGUGAAACCUAAAGUAGAUGGGGUUUUAACAGAGGGAGACGAUUUGCUGUCGAAUGGACAAUUGGGAAAGCUCAGAACGCAGGGUAUAAAAACAGCAAUGAAAUCACUGAAAGACCUUUAUGGUAAAAAGGAACAUAGCGCCCAUGAAAGGCUCAGAGAGAUUGAAGAGGAACUGAAAAAUAUGCAACAGCAACAACACGAGCAAGUGACCACCUGGCUGAGCAAAUGUGAGACGUUUGACCUGUGGAUCGACAGUGAAUUGAAGGAUCUGGAUAGCUAUUUGCAAUUCGGAGAUGAAGAGCCUCCCCUCGAAAAAGUUCUUUCUGAAGAGCAGGGAAUACGGGAUAUAAAAGCGAACUCAGAUUCGCGAACCAGCAUUCUGGAGGCACUCAUUAAAGAAGGCGCAACCUUGAAAGAGAACAAAAAUGUAGAAAAGGACCUUCCAGAGGAGUUCUCUCGUGUUCUUGAGUUGAUGGUUAGCAUUCAGUACAAAUGGCAAGUUUUGAACAAAAAUGUUGUCGAGAAAACGAAAUUGGUUUUAGGCAUUCUAUCUGAAAUGCAAGGCCAGUUGUUGUCAGUUUGCAUCGAUCAAAUUGAUAACAUUGAAAACGUGAUCAACGGCCUAAAUCCAAUCUCUGACGGUUUCGAUACACUUGCUAAAGAUGCCGAAGAGCUCUCAGAACUGUUUAUGAUGAUCGGUCAAACGAGAGCCAACAUUGCAAGAUUUGAUAAGUACGCAAAUGACCUUCAAACAUCAGAAGAGCUCCCGAACACCGCCAAAUUUGAAGUUCGUGAAACAAAUGAGAUGCUCCAUUCACGCAUUGUGUCCGUUUCAACGAAAGCAGACAAGAGAAAAUUAACAUUGCACGAGAAGGUCAUCGACGUUCUGACAGAAUCACUUGUUGCUUUGCAUGAUACGACUUCCAGCUUAGAGCAGAAAUGUGACGACUUGGCCAUCCCCGACAACUUAGAGACAGUUGACUUGGUUGAGCGACACGCAACCCUUGAGGACAUUUUGAAUCGCUUGAUUGCUUGCGAUGUGAGUUUGAAAGACAUCGAACAUUUGGGACAGGUGGCUGACAACUGUAUGGUGCUGGAAACGGGCGAACCUGAGGACAUAACAAAGGAAAUAGAAACUAGAAAGCUGUUUAUUGACCAUGUUCAGCGAUUGGCUAGAGAAAAGAGGUCUCGGAUCUACGGCCUAAUGGUUUACACUUUUAAGAGACGUGUAGGAGAACUGGAUAAAUUGUUGGGAAACAUCGAAGAAGGACUGACAGACAAUUCCUCAACGACCAUAAUGAUUCCAAAUGCUUUGGAGUAUAUGCGGGAAAAUGAGGCUUCGUUGCAAGAACUUGAUGAUAUACAAAAAGAAGGAGAAGAAGUCACCUUGCAAGUUACCGAGCUCAUUGAAUCCAGUGCAGUAUCAGAGCAAGACAAGAUAGAGUUGCAAGAGCGAAGCAGGAACUUCGUAGACCAUUUGUCUGAGGUCUUGACGUCACUCAAAAUCGAAAACAACAAUUUAAAACAAGCUUUCUCUUCGGCCGUAAAGGAGAAAUUGUUAGAACUGAGAGAAUGGUUGGAUAUGAUGCAAAAACGAAGGGAGAGUGAUGAUCAAGUUGGACCUGAUAGUAUGGCGAUCAAAAAACAAAUGACAGAGAUGAGUGUCGUAGAAGACCAGCUCAAAGGGAAGAGGCUGGCACAAGACAUCCACCACGAUGACAGCCUGGCUACUAUGUGCCUCGAUACCGAUACCUUGGCAAAACUAGCAGAGGCAGAUCUUGACUGGCAGCACUUGUCAGAAUGGGUUGUGCACAGGAAAAAGGUUUUACAUGCUGCACAAGAGGCCUGGGAACAUUUCCGCCAAGUCGAGGUUGACCUCCUUGACUAUUUGAGAGACAAAGAAAGGCAAAUCAAAAACUGGGAGCCAAUAAACUUGGAGGACGAAGAGGCCGUUGCAGAAAGAUUGGCCGUUUUAAAGGAAAUGCUAUCUGGUAUGGAAAAUCGAAAAGAUGAUGUGCAAAAUAUGCACAAGGCAGCAGACGAUGUUAUCGAUUUCAUUGGUGAAGAGACGGCGAUGACGAAUAGUAUCAAGUCUCAAGUUGCAGACAUUCAUGAUUGCUGGAACAACACUGUUCGUCAGGUGAUCGAGGCUAUAAGCAAGUUGAAUUUUGCAAAAGAAAAGCUUCAAAAUCUGGAAGAUGGAAUAAAUGAAGUACGGUUGUGGUUAGAUGAUGCGAGAUCCAUUUUGAAGUUUUAUACUCCUGAUAUUCCCGAUGACGUCAUUGAAGAUCUCAAACCAAAAGUCGAGAAAAAGUGCACCGAAGAGACUUUUAAACACAACACGCUAAAGAGAAUAAACAGUCUGAGCAAAGAGCUGCUGGAUGAUAUCGACGGCCCUUCGCACGAUAAUAUACAAACAGACCUUAUGAAGCUGAAUAAAGACUGGAACGAGGUCACUACGGACUUGGGACGUAAAAAGGACAUGAAAAAGAGGCCGUGUUGUUGGUGGUGUUACCGAAGAUGGUUUUUAAAAUAUGGGUAUUAUAAUUAAUAAUGGUAUUUGAAUUUUUUUUAAAGCUGUGAGAAAGAUAAUUGGUUUCAGGUCAAAAAUUAAAAAAUAUAAGGUGUAACUUAGCAUACGCCGUUAUUGGGUAAUAACCUUUUCGCGCGACACGUCUUCAAAUUAAGGCCUUACUUGGGAGUUGGUUUCUUAAUAUUGAAAAUUCUCUUAAAAAGAGAUCUAUCGAUAUUAUACUAUCGGAUUGUUUGACUAUUGGCGAAUAAUGGCACUUAUGCUGCAAACCCACGAAAAUUUAAUUGACUAGGCUUUCCUCUCCUCAGUUUUUGGCUUCCUAGUUUAUUGUAAAACGGUUUGUUGAGAUUUUCAGUCAUUUUAUUUUAAAUCAGAGCAGCAUUUGCACUGCACUGACCCAUCCUUCUUCACGAUAUAAUCAAAGCUGCGAAAGGAGCUUGAUUAGUACCUUGUUGAAUUAAUCCUUGUUUUAUUUAUAGCCAUGGGUUGAAGUUAGACAGUUACUGUAGGUUAGCCACGAUCAUAAAAAAUUACGUAACAUUUUUUAAUACAAUUGCAGACUUAUGUUGGAUAUUCAUGUGAAUAGAUUGUUAAUUGGUAUAUGCUUAUUAGCAUAGCGGAUGCUUAGCGGUAAGAGGGGCUUAGUAUCGAUCUUGCCCGAAUAUCAUUCCUUCUUUGAGACAAAAUAUCCCGAAUGGAGCCUGAAAUGGAGCCCCGAGUCCCUACGCCUACGAGAGCAACACGAGAGCAACACGAGAGCAACACGAAAUAAUCCGUUUUUUCGUGAUUUUUUCGUAGUUGACCUAAAAUCUAAAGUUUUAUUGCAACAUAUAUACAUUCUUAAAUUUGCAUGAGUAGUAACAUUCAGAACCUAACUUGACUGAUGCAUCUCAACAUACUGCAUUCAUUUUAUCGGGUGUGUUAGUUCUAGUUAGAUAGUAAUGGCCAUAUGGCUACUGUUAACCAGAGUUCUCGACCAAUGUAGAAUUUGAGUGUAGACUAGAAUUAACAAAUAUUUUAACAGGUCAAAAUUUUUAUUUGUUUCACUGACGUAUGUGUUUUUGAAGCAGUAUUUUAAAAAGCAUAUUUUUCAUCA